AUGGCCUGUGUAGGGAUUCGGUACGGAGGAGCCGGUGAUUGUUUACUUCGCCAGCCGGCAGGUGGUUUCCUUGAUGAUCGGUCGGUUCGGGUUUCUAGGUUUAACAACCUGCAUUCACUGUCGAUUCCCAAUCUCCCCGUUAAAUCAACAUUCUCGAGAAUCUCGACGGCGGCGACUGGGAACGUGACUGCUGUGGGUGUUUCUGAUCAUCUUGUUUCCAGGUCGCCUUCGUCUCUCGUUGAAACCAGCUUCGAUUUAUUGCCGGCCGAAGCGAUUGUUAACGGCGAAGAGUACGAUCGUAGUUGCGAUAGUCCCGGCGUUUCUGAGAAAUUUGACGAAUGGAUGAGAAAUUCAGUGACGGAAAUCGUGAAGAACAUAAGACAAGCGCCGUUGCUGGUUCAGAUAUACGCCGACGGCGUAGUGAAAACGGAGAAGGCGGUUGAAGCGGAGGACUGGCCGAACGUGGUUAAAGAGCGACCAUCGUCUCCUGACGGAAUCAUACUUGUGGAAGAGCUCCAGGAUAAGAUAGAUCCGGCCGAUUCCGGCGAUGGAUUGGAGGAAGAGAACGGAACUAGAGCGUUCGGAGUGCUGAUUCAAGGUAGAUUCAAAGGAAGAGAUCGAUGCAAAUCAGCUUGUUAUUUGCUUAAAACCUCCAGCGUUAAUGGUGGAAUGGGACCUUUUUGCACCCAUUUUUGUUUGAUGAAGGUCCAUAGCUUCAGCAAAAGUGCUUCUUCUCAGUUCAACGAUUGUUGGCUAUUACAAUGA